AUGCCAUCAACUCCCUUUGUCAGCCUGUUUCCAAAGAAAUAUGCUUCCAUGCCCGAUGGAGGCAAAAAGAAAAAGAAGAAUCGCUUCUUUCCUUCCUUCAAGAAGAAGGUCAAAAACCAUGAGGUGCUGAUUGAGACGGUCAACGAAGACAGCUCGACUGUGGCUCUUUCCCAGCUCUCUUCGAAUCCUCCUUCUCCGGCUCGCACCAGCAGUGACGCAGUGGAAGAUCCUCCAUUGUGGACCUCCUUUGAUGAUAAUGGUUUUCACGAGGAUGAGACCAACGAUUCUUCCGACCUUCUCAUCUUCACUUCGGCUUCCAACGAUACCGAUGACCCACCGCUGCAUGUACUUGCUGCACAGCCACUGACUCCAACUAUAAGUUCCCUCAGUGAGCACGGAAGCAUCUUUCACUCGCCGCAACGAAAGACCAAAAUGCCAAAAGCACUGGCGCCCAAGCAAAAACAAGAAGAACACAAGCCAAAGGCAGAUGAAACGAGUCCCAAGCAAGACUACACGUCAAUGCCCAUUGAUUUGGACACCUAUGAUGAAUGGCACGAUGAUGAAUCGCAUUGGGUUGAAUUUGUGGACGAACGCAAAGACCAAUCGGACUGGGGAGGAUGGACUGCUGAUAUCGUCGAUUGGGGGCAUGCACCCAUGGAUGAAUUGGCGGAACUCCCAGUCAUCUCCACAACCAACAGUUUUGAAUAUGGUCCCAAGGAUACCAGUGAUGAAGCUAGCUUAGAUCCAUCCACUGUUUCAUUUUCAUCAGCUCCGCUCAGUUCCAUGAUUGUCCAUGAAACCUCAACGGGUGAUGUGGAAGUAUGCGAUCCUGAAUGCCCUCUUCGAUUCUUUCCGAAUGGAAAUGAGGACGGCAACGAAGAACCACCCGAGAACACUCCUGGAUAUCCAUUCGUUAGUGAUGGUGAUGAAGAAGAGCCAGCAGCACAACAAAGGCCUUCCAAAUCUUCCAAUCGUCGCCAAAGGACUUCUCAACAACAGCAAACGCAAAGCAGCAGUAUGUUUUCUUCCUUGUCCUAUUACCAGGACCAAUUUGCUGCCAAAUUCAAGCCUUCCGAAGAAAGUCGUGAGCACAUGGCCCACCGGCUACACAAUGAUACCUUGGCCCUCAUUGGAAGUGUUUCCGAAAAGUUGCACACCUGGGACUCUGAAGCCCGUCAACGAUUCCAAAGCAGCAACAACAACAACAGCAAGACGCGUGAGCAACCAGUGCAACCACAGAAUGAUGAAAUCAGCAUUGCCACCUCGGCUUCAAUCGAGACUCGAAAGAAGGGCAACACUUCCUACUUUUCAUCAGACGCUUUCAACUAUUCUUCCACCAUGUUUGAUGGUGGCUGCAACUUUAUCGAACCCUUUCUUCGGUAUGGACAAGCGGAAGUGUGA